UUCAAACUAGAAGACCUGCUUUUUUUUUUCUCAUCUCCCACAGAUUUCCAUCUAACAAUUACUUGAUUCCAUGGCUGCUCUUCCUUUCUCAUCUUCCCUUUUCUCUUCCAAGCCUUCCAUCUAUUUCCCAUCUUCCAUUUCUCCUUCUUUUCCUCAUCCUUCACUUUCUCCAAUCUCUAACUCUUCUCCUAUUUCAUCUUCUUUCUCCAUUUCCCAUUCUAAUUUUCUCUCUAAUUACUCUUCUUUUUCUUCUUCUUCUUCUUUUAGACCCUCCACUGUCUUUUCCUUUAGCGUUAGGGCUAGCUCUUCUCCCAAGAAGAAGGUGUUGAUUGUCAACACAAACAGCGGUGGGCAUGCUGUCAUUGGCUUCUAUUUUGCUAAACAGCUUCUGGGUUCUGGCCAUGAAGUCACGAUUCUCACUGUCGGUGAACAGAGUUCUGAUAAGAUGAACAAACCCCCUUUCAACAGAUUCUCUGAAAUUGUGAGUGGUGGAGGCAAGACCGUAUGGGGAGAUCCAGCAGAAAUUGGGAAGGUUGUGGAAGGAGCAUCAUUUGAUGUGGUAUUAGAUAACAAUGGCAAGGACAUUGAUACUGUGAGGCCUGUUAUUGAUUGGGCAAAGAGCUCUGGUGUGAAGCAGUUUCUGUUUAUCAGCAGUGCUGGAAUUUAUAAGACAACUGAUGAGCCUCCCCAUGUUGAAGGGGAUCCUGUUAAAGCUGACGCUGGUCAUGUUGGUGUUGAGAAAUAUAUUGCAGAGGUUUUCAGCAGCUGGGCUGUCUUCCGUCCACAGUACAUGAUUGGAUCUGGCAACAACAAAGAUUGUGAAGAGUGGUUCUUUGACAGAAUUGUCCGGGACAGACCGAUUCCAAUACCAGGCUCUGGUAUGCAGCUGACAAACAUUGCACAUGUCAGGGACUUGUCUUCCAUGUUAACACUAGCUGUAGAGAAGCCGGAUGAAGCACACUCUAACAUAUUCAACUGUGUAAGCGGUCGGGCUGUGACUCUUGAUGGAAUGGCCAAGCUGUGUGCUCAAGCAGCAGGUCGUCCUGUUAACAUAGUGCAUUAUGAUCCAAAAGCAGUUGGGGUUGAUGCAAAGAAAGCUUUUCCUUUCAGGAAUAUGCAUUUCUAUGCAGAACCAAGAGCAGCCCAGGAGAUUUUAGGGUGGGAAGGUACCACAAAUCUUCCUGAAGAUUUGAAGGAACGAUUUGAAGAGUAUGUGAAGAUUGGUAGAGACAAGAAAGCUAUUAAGUUUGAAUUAGAUGAUAAGAUACUUGAGUCCUUAAACGUUCCAGUAGCUGCUUAACCCUUCGGAUAAUUGUGCAAGACAUUACACUCCAAAUCUUACAGCACUUUUUGUAUAUGUAUUCUCAUUUAUUGUACUUCUAUCAACUUACCAAAAUAAAAUGAUUUUGAGAGGAGAAGUUUGUUGCCUCAUUGCUUA